AGAUGCAUUGAAAAUUAAAGGACUUAGAAAAUCAUAUAGAAAACAAUUCCAUUAUUAAUGACCAUGCAGGAUAUACGCCUACGCCUGGAACCACAGCACAGUACAGCCACGUUUAUAUCCUCCUCAUCUGCCUCAUCGUCCUCAUCCCAGACAGCUGAGACCACGCUGAUUGAGACAGCUGUGAAUUCGCCAGCCAGUGAAGCAGCUGCUGGAGCAGUGACAACGACAUCGCCGCAGCAUUACUUCCAUCAUCAUCAUCCGCCGACGCAUCCGCAUCCGCAUCCGCAGCCCCAGCCCCACCAGCAGCAACAUCCGCAUAGCCACUCGCAUCCGCAUCCGCACCUCCAGCGUCGUCCGGUGGAGCAGUUGCAUCUCCUGCACAGCCACCACGAUGUCCAGGAGCUGUCUGGACAGGAGCAUCCACAUUCACAUCCGCACUCCAGCUCCGGCUCCGGCUCCCACCCACAUCCGCACUCGCAUCCGCACCAUCUGCGCUCGCCCAGCUCCGAGGAGGAUAAUUCGCCCACUGAAAUGAAUAAUUGCCGUCGUUUGGUGGAUAAACCGCCGCUGGUGAAGCGCCUGACCAUGGGCAUCGGCCUGCUGCGGGGAACCGAGGACAGUCGUCCCCUGGUGCACAGCACCUGCGGCUCCUCCCUGACCUCCGGUUCCGGCUGCGGAUCCACUCAGACCAUCUCCGACGGCUAUGUGAACGAGGCCAUCUGCGAGCCGGACAAGUACGUGGCCAGCAAGUUCGGCGACUCCUGCCGCCAAUCACUCUCCGCUCUGGAGAGUGCCACCCAGCGGUUGCAGGUGGAGCUGCCCGCCAGCAACAAGAAGUAUCUGAGGGAGACUUGCAGCGCCAACUCCAGUCCGAAAUUGUUUCCCGCCCACGGUUCCCUGCGCCUGGAUAAUCUCAGUCUAUCAGAACAGCAGGAGCUGAAGGGGGCCGCCUGGUUCCAGGCUGGGAUUCCACGCGAAAUCUCGCUGGAGGUCUUAUCCCGACAGAGUCCAGGUGCGUUUCUAGUGCGCCAGAGCAGCACAAAGCCGGGCUGUUUCGCCCUCUCCCUUCGAGUGCCGCCCCCUUCGCCACGGGUGGCACACUAUCUGAUCCUGAGGACGCAAAGGGGGUACAAGAUUAAGGGUUUCACCAAGGAGUUCAGUUCUCUAAAAGCGCUCAUCACGCACCACUCGGUGAUGCCGGAGCUCCUGCCCGUGCCGCUGACCCUGCCACGCCCCCCGAACACCAGAUCGCAGAGGUCACAGGCCGCCUAUGGGGGCGGAAGCGGAGGAGGCGGCGGAAAUGGAGGAGCGGACUUCGAGAUGUACGGAUCGCUAAACGACUUUCGCAAAAUGAUGGCCGAUUUGAAUGUGUGACCGCUGGGCGCACUUAAUUAAUUAAGUAAUUAUGUCACGUUGAUUGAAUUAAGCUGCCCGGCUUGUCGCAUUGUCCGGGUCGAGACAGGAUAACAAUC